AUGCCGGAAGUCGAAGAACAUGAAGUCGUUUUCACCGCCGACGGCGUGGAGCGGAGGACGUUCUACUACGCCAGAGGGCCUACCGAAGGGCCUCUCCUGGUCUUUCUCCAUGGGUUCCCAGCGAUAGCGGCAUCGUGGAAAUCUCAAUUGGCGACGUUCGCUUCGCUGGGGUUUCGUGUGGUGGCGCCCGACCUACCAGGUUAUGGCAGAUCUACUGCUCGGAAGGUAGCUGAAGACUACAGCUUGGAGUCGGUGCAUCAAGCUCUGAAUGUGGUUUUCGAUCAUAUUGGGGCCGAGAAAGCUGUCUGGAUUGGUCAUGAUUGGGGAGCAGUGGUGGCUUGGUCGUAUGCACAGCAUUUCCCCGAGCGCUGCGUCGGCGUAGCAGGCCUCGCCAUCCCUUCGCACGUCAUGGAACGCGGCUUCGAUGCAGCCCUUGAGACGGUGAAUCGAGACAUUUAUCCAGAAGACAAGUAUCCGUUCGGUCAAUGGGCGUACCAGCACUACUUCAAGACCCAUUUCGAGAAGGUGGUGAAGUGGUUCGAGUCUGAUGUGGAGACAUGUCUACCAGUGAUGUAUAUGAAAGGCAGCCCCGAAGGUCUCGGCAAAGUCUCUCCGGCGGCCAGUGUGGGAGGCGAGGGAGAACUGUUCGGGGGUGAGAAACCGGAUCCAGCCUGGCGACAAGUUCCAAAGUCGAUGCUCUGCGCUGAUGAGGAAUAUUUGCGCGAGGCCAUAGCCGCAUCCAAGAAAAGCUCGUUUUGGGGACCCGUCGCCCGAUACUUGAACCACGAGAGGAAUGAGAAGUACUUCGAAAGUGCUAAGAAUGGUGGUAAGCUGCAUAUGCCAGCGCUGUUCAUCGCGGGAAGUUGGGAUUCGGGCUGCGAUGUUGUGCAUUCCAGUGUGGCCGAGCCAGGACGAAGGAAUUGCACCAACUUGACGGAGACAUCUGUGAAGGCUGGGCACUGGGUUGUGCAGGAGAGACCUGAGGAGGUAAAUGCUGCUAUCAUUCAUUGGUUGGUCAAAUCUUGUGAGCAGCAUUGGCCGAGUCGUUGA